CUUGCCUCUUUGCUGACGGACGUGCAGCGGCGCCAGUCACGCGGGGUGCUCGCGCAGAAGUGCGGGACCUGUUCGCGCGACCAGUUCGGUCGAAGGCGGCGGCAAGGGGCGAGCCAACGUCGUAAGAGACAGACCUGAAGUCAGCUCGCGCGGGAGACGCCACCAUGCGAGACGGGCUGCACAACAUCAGGUACAGCGCCGGGACCGUGCUCAUGCUGCACGGCUGGCGCGCGAGCGCCGCCCAUGAGCUGCUAGGCUCUAGAAGCGGCACAGGCACGACGGGAAAGCGUGAUGGCGCACUGUGGUGAUGGAGUGGGCGCUGGUAAGAAAAGCAGGCAGGAGCAGCAUCUGGCCUUGCGGAACAGGCGCGGGGGGGAGCGGGCGCCCAGCCACGGCGCGGAAGGCAACUCGCGCGAGGAAGUGGGCGCGGGAGAAGGCUCUGAGCUAACAAGCGGGAAUCAGCUCUUGCGAAGAGGGUGCGCAGUGGCAGCAUUCGGCACUGCGAGGGCGGAGACAGGGGAGGGUCAUCAACAGUGCAGGGAUCACAGAGUGUGCGAGGGCGUGCAGUGGCAAAAACUGGCACUGUGCUGAGGACGCAGCAGAGAGACAUCAGCUACAACGCCGGGGCCAAUUCUUAUGAGAAGGAGCGCGGUGACAGGAUCUGGCAGGGUGAGAAGGCGACCGCGCAGGCAUCACGCCAGCAACAACUCGGGGAUCAGCUCGUGCGAGAAGGUGGACGCAGAGGAGGUCCAUCAGCUACCAUACACGGAUCAGCGCUUGAGAGAAGGCGUGCAGUGGAAGCAGGGGCGAAGCAAAAUCGGUGACGAUGUUGGGACUCGCUCGUGCGUGACAUGGCCGAGGGUGCGAAGGCUUGCAACCACUGGCCAAGAGGAUAGCAGUGGGCCUAGGGUCUAGGCCGUCAGCUCUUAUGCGAGAGGGCCCAGGUAGGCACCAAAGAGCUCCCUUUGAGGAGUCCCUUGAAUAUGUCUGGGAGCAACUGCAGCCGCUCAUCGCCGCCGUUCUUCGAGAAUCGAGUCUCUGGAUAUUCAGCCUGUAGAAUCCUGUAGAACCCUCAUCCUCCUGCCCCUCGUCUUCUCUGCAGUGGUACCCCAAUGGUGUACAGCGCGGCUGUGGAAUCACUUAGUUCAAUAGAUUGAACGAAAACUUGCUCAACGUUUGGCUGCAUAGACGCUACCAAAGGCAGUGGGCGGCGGUGGUUCGCUGCAGGCGUCUUCGAUCAGCCGCCCACGUAGCCUGCUAGAGCGAUGCUUCGCGUGCCAGGGUGUGCCAAGGAGCUUACUCUGUGCGGCCUUCCAAAUUGGUUCCUGUGGCAUCCGGCCCAAGCUGCUCAUAUGGAUCCAUAUUGAGACCACACUGAGCACUGCGGCUCCCAUUUUGCCAUACUGAUUGGCCACAUGCUCGAAGAAGAAUGUUGUAUUAUGUACGUUCAUACAAGUUGCGCUCAUAUGUGCGCAACGACCCAGAAGGCAAGUGCAUCAUUCAGGAAUCCAAGACUCAGUUCACCUUGAUGAUAGUUUGGUCUGGUCCAACUCUGGCUCAAUACAAUCCUCCGAUCGAUCGUCUGUAUGUGACUGGUUCAUCCCCAUGCCCAAAAUCUUGCACGUAACUCGACCGUGCAGGGUUAGGACUUACUUUGCGUUGAUCGAUAUCAAACCCUCAGCUCAAUAGAAUGCAGUAGGUCCCACCCACGGCGUCGGAAAUCAUUUCAAACGGCCGUGCCAAAGUAUUGUUUGUGAGCUCGUCCUCGCACACGAUCAGCUGAACAAGUCCGCCGAAACCGAUGUUUCUAGUUCAGCGGCACUGGGGCCCGCGCAGGUGAGAUUGCGCACACGGUACUUGACGCUGCCAUUGAAAGGUAAGACUUCGAUCCCCAAUCCACAUACAUCCACGAACUGGCGCGAUAUAAUCCUUUUCCUCCUCGUGAGGCUACACGGCCAUAACGACAUGAUGAUCGGCAAGGUCGUGGUCAUCGAGACCGACGCCGGUCAAUAUGCAACAAGACUUGAACAAGUCGUGGCCGUCGAAGAGGACGCGAUUGGCACCGCCUUGAAACAGCGCAGGUCGGAUCACAUCGAUGACGAUCGCCAGCUGGUUCCCGAGGAUGGCACCAAGGGAGUGCUCCAGACCGAGAGGGACGACGACAACGACGGGGCGAGUCGCACGAAGUUGAAAUCCGACGGUAUCAGCGUCACGCAGAUGGUGCCCAACGUCGCCCUGGGUACUUAACGACGUGGUGCGCUGGAUUUUGCCCCUGAUCGUGUCGCUCACCAAGCAGCACGCGCAGCUAGUUAUCACGAAGGACGUGAGCGAGGGCGUAAAUGUGGGUUGGCUGAAGCUCGCGGUGAGGAUGGGCGUACAGAAGGCGCCGUCCAAGCCAUGAAGACGGACGUGUUGGAGUGGAGGAUUUGCUGCAGGUCGCACCGCUGACCUCGCUGACUAUGCAUGAUGUCGUGUCAGAGCGAGCGCGAGAUCCUGCUGACGCUCGCGGAGUGGCUUGGUUGCUGAUGAAUGUGCCGACGCGGUUCGCGAGGAUGCCGACGACCCGGACGAGCAUGGUGGUCGUCGGCACCCGAAUGCCCGCAUUCUGGUGCCGUCAAGAGCGAGGCAGGCCCGUCGCUCUGAUGCCCGCGUGCGAUCGAGGCCGCGCGCCUGGGGCCUGCAGGGGAGGUCAGGGCGCGGGCCGGCGACCCCGUCGGGGGGCAGCAGGGGCACCUGUGGGCGCUGCACUGUUCCGAGCAGGG